AUGCAACUUAAAACUCUGCCAGCAGAUACCAUUCAAAAAGUCCCUAAUCGUAAUUUACGAAGGAAUUUAAGUAAAAAUUUCAAUUCAAUAACUCCUAAUCAAAAUUUUUAAUACAACUUAAAAUAAUAGAAUGCAGAUUAAUAUGCUAGUCAUCAAAGAUCAUCUUCGAACUCUAAAACUUUAUCAACACCUCAAAAAAGCAAUAAAGAACAAUAUGAUUCAACUGUUAAAAUAAGAAUUGAUAUUCAAAAUUUUCAAGAAAACCAUAAAAAGUCAACCAAUUAGAAACAAGAAAAGGAAAACAAAAUACUAACACCUAUAAAGAAUUAAAGCAGAAUUAAUUCUUAAGAUUUUAAACUUGUAACUAAAACCAAAAAUUUUGUAAGAAAUUAAAGAAGCAAAAGUCCUUAAAACCUAUCUAAAAGUCCCAUUAAAACUCCAGAAAAAGAAUAAUGCAAAUAUGUAGUGGUUAAUUUUUAUUAAAAAAAAUAUUGA